CUUGUUUUGUAGUCGAAUCAUUCAAGUCUAAAAAAGCUAAAAUAACUCAAAAUGAAAACUCUCUUCUUUAUCCUCAUCGCUCUCAUCGUCGCAAUCGCUUCAGCACAAAAUUCACAAUUUGAACCAAACUGCGAGGAUGAAUUGCUAAGAUUCGGAAUUCAUCCAGAAAACUGUGCCAGAUUUUACAUGUGCAUGCUUAACACACCAGUUUGGUUCGACUGUGCAGAAGGACAAAUUUUCGAACAGAGCAUAAGAGCUUGUGUGCCUGGUGAUUCGUCAACAUGUGUUGCUUUUUAAUUCAUCUCAAUUAAAAUUAUGAGUUAAGGAUUGCU